CUAUUAAAUGACCAAGUGAAAAUGACCAUUCAUAAGAAGACAUGCAUCGAGGAUUAAACUUGAAAUAGUAUUAGACCAAACAUUGGAAAAGCUGAGCAACAAGAAAAACAGUAGUUAAAGACUGAGGACCAUGAAGGGCAAACUAGGAAUUUUAUCAUUGGAAUAAAAACAAAAAUAGAGCAGUGCUGAACAUGUACAUAUAAUAGAAAGUUAAAUGCGGGGAUUAUCAAAACAAAUAAACACUGUCAAUCGUACGAGUCUGACGUAAGUUGUGGGAUCAGAAGAAAUAGUUUAUGACCUGUUGAUCUGAAAGACAAAUGUGAACCCUUAGGUGAAGAAUCGUCAUCAAAAACUGAAAAAAUAUGAGAAUGUUCACUUAGUCUUAGUGUUGAUUGGAAUUGAACAACAGUUACUUUGGCCUUUCGUUUUAUAUUCCGAUAACAAUGAUUACUUAGGCGGAAUCGUGAUCAAAACUGAAAAAUUCAAAGAAUGUACAUUUAACUGGAACAGAACAACAAUAUAUUUUUCGAAUUUCGUUUUACAUUUCGAUAACAAUGACGACACAGGCUGGAGUCCAGGCUCCAAAGGAGAAUAGAGAUCCAAAUCAUAUUAAUGAUCAUCUUCAGAUGAAAUUUGAUCAAGUAUUUGGCGAACCAGAGAAUAACUAUUCUUUCGGAGUAGUUUGGGAAUGUUCAGAAACCUGUUAUACUUGUUGGCAUGGUUUGUGUUAUGGAUUAGCAUCAUGUCUUUGUAGUGUAUGGAUUGUUAUAUAUUGGGGUUUUAUUUUCGGAUGUGUUGCAUUUGACCAUAUUUGGAUUUUUACGCCAUUUUUGAAAUUAUUCACAAUGAUCAUGCAAAUAUGUCGUCCAUUGAAACCAUGCAUAGAUUGUUGUAUAAAACCAUGUACAGGCGCAUGUGCUCACUUUUUUAUUCUUUUUGCUGAACCUGGCACAGAUAUUGACAGAUGGAAUAAACCAGUAAUAAAAACGCCUGUUCGACGCGUAAGAAUCAAUAGAGAUUCGCCGGUACCAGUAAAAAGGACUCCUGUACCUGCACCUACAGACGAGGACCUAUUCUUAGGUCAGAAGAGCCAAAUGGCCCGCUCAGUACAAAGACAAAUGAUGCUGUAACAAAACCAGGCUUAUUGUUGCAACGUAACUGCAAAGUUAUGAUUAACAGUGCUUAUA